AUGGCGGCCACUCCUCCCUCUGGACUCGAGCCCCGGGCCGCCGCCGCCUGCCGCCCCGAGGGCCUCACAGCCCCAGCUCCGGCCUCAGCCCCGGCCCCGGCCUCCCUCCGCCGCCGCCACCGCCGAUCCAGCUUCGCCCGCCCAGCCUCCACCAGCGCCGACGUCCGGGCGCCUCGCUCACACCGCUCCGCCGGCCGCGCAGACCCGCCAACGACGUUCCGCGCCAACGACGUUCCGGGCGCCAACGGCUCGCGCAUGCGCACUGAGGCCCCGGGCAGGGCGCCGCGCGGCCCCGCCCAGCCUGGCCCCGCCCAGCCUGGCCCACGUGACUCCAGCCCCGCCCGGCCUGUUCAGGUCCUGGCCAAUGGCCCUGGAGGGGUCUCUUCUGUGGCUCUGGGGCCACCUCUGACCAAGAGGGUGAAAGGGGACACCCUGCGGCUGGAACUGGCCCCCUCCAUGAAAGCCCCCCCUCCUUGCAGUUGCCUACACCCAGUGCCAUGGAAGAACUACUCUGGGGCCUGGAGCUGCAGCUACUGUCCUCCAGGGGCUGAGCACCCACCCAGACAAGGUGGCUUUCCUGGGACACCUGGGAACACGUGGAUCAAGUAUCUGACCUUGCUCUCCAACCUCCCCUUCUCCCUGCUAGGCCUGCUGGGCCUGGCAGCCGGGCUCUGGGGCCUGGCCCUCAAGGAUCCUGGAGGGAAUGGCUGGGGGUGUCCUCUGCCCACAGACCUCCUGCUGGUGCUGGCUCUGGGGGGCCUGGUGGUCAGUGCAGUGUAUCUGGCUGGUGUCCUGGGCGCCCAGUGUGAGAGCGCUGGCAUGCUGCAUUGCUUCUCUGUCAGCCUUCUUUCCCUCCUGGUGGUCGAGGCUGUAGUGGGCACCCUGGUGGUGGCCCUCUGGAGUCGAAUGCAGGACAACCUGGACCAUACCUUGCUUGUGGCAAUAGAUUGCUACCAGGAUGACCCGGACCUGUGCUUCCUCCUGGACUGGGUGCAGCUCGGGCUGGGGUGCUGCGGAGUCACUUCCUACCAGGACUGGCAGAGGAACCCGUCCUUCAACUGCAGCUCCACCGAGGCCCAGGCCUGCAGCCUCCCCGACUCCUGCUGCCUCCGCCCCCCAGAAGAUGGCCCGUCGGUCAAAGCCCCGUGCGGCUCCGGGGCCCUGCGCCUGCGCGAGGCGGCCGCGGCCAGGGUCGUGCACCUGGAGGGCUGCGGGACGCGCCUGCGGGGGUGGCUGCCGCGGGGUGCCUGCGCGCUGGGCCGGGGCGCUGCGGCCGUCGUGGUGGUGCAGGGCGCGGAGCUCGUGCUGGCUGCGUGGCUGCGGAGAGCCCUGGCAGAGCGCUAG